GUUUGAUUUAAUUUGGCUUCGAAGCUGUUCCCUGUGUUACAAUUCAUUAAAAACUGCUGUUUCAUCAAAAGUGAGAAAAAUGGAUUCUGGUGGUACUAUAGGAAAAAGAUAUUCCGUUGUCAAGUUUAUUAUAGAUAAUUCAUACUCAGAAAUACCAACAGCGUGGCUUAUACUAGAUGACAAUCAACAACAGAAGUGCUGGUGGCCACGGACAGCAAAUGCUGCACCUCUAAUCGCAAACUAUGCAAGUCCGAAUUUUGAAACUUGGGAUCAAUAUAAUAUUGAACUCAUAAAACAUUGUAGAUCUUUGGAAUCUGCAAGAAAAAGUGCAGCUGACUCCAACUACCAAACAACCGACGAAGACAAAUUGGGACGUGGCAAAAGACAGCAUACUUUGUACAAUCGAUAUAGCAGUGAAGAAGAAGAAGACGACGAUUAUGUACAUCGACCAAUUGCUAAAAUUAAGAAGAAAGAAAAAGCAAGCAGUAUGAAUAAAAUUACAUCUGCUUUCCCACUGUGUCCGGACAAUUUAACCUUCAAUAAUUUCACCAACAAUGAAAUUGAAAGCAUCAAAACUGUGAUUGAUUCAGUAAAAAAGAUUCCAUUAUCACAACCUUGUGAGAAAAAGAAAACUUCUUGUACACAAGAAGUGGAUAUACGUCAGAUUUGUGAUAUUCCCAUAAUAUUUCAAAAUUGUGAUCCAUUAUCUGAAGAACAUGAAAACCAUGAAGAAUUGCAAGAAAUAGUUAAUGAAGUAUCAGACCCUAAUAUAAAAAAGUACUUUAAUCAAGUGAUACGUACACAGCAAGAUAUAAUACGUAAUCAAGGACAAAUAACACGUACCCAAACUACGUCCAAUUUAAUCUUAAGAGACAUCAAACAAUUGAUAAACCGAUUGGAAGAUGUUAUGAAGAGCCGCGCUCUUCUUCCAACAAAGGGUAAUGACAGCUUGAUUGCUGAAAUUUUACCGUUACGCUCGGUUCAAACUAUAAAAGAUUUUGAGACUUUAUUGCGUGACACGGAGGAAGCAGUUACUCAA